AUGGCAAGAUCAGGUCAUUCCACUCGCUUGUCUCCUGGAAGACAUAGAGCACAUCAACCCCAGACACAGAAGCUCAUGGAAACCGAAAUUUCUGAGCUGAAGAACUACCUUCCUGAGUGGACUUCUGCGAAAAGGAGCGAGAAGCGGGCAGUUUUCACUGCAAUUUCCAGGGCUGCCAGGUUGUUUGCGCCAAAAGUGGACCAAGGACAAUGGAAAAAGAGGAAGCAGAUGUACAAGACUUGGUUGUUCAACAACAAGAAAAAGAAGGAAAGGAAGGACAUGAUAAAGUAUGGGAGGAAAUGGACACCUAGGAUGGUGAUCUACCAGGAUAAUCGGGAAGAGGUGCUGAAGAGGAUCGAGGAUGAGUCCAGGGCAAAGCCAGGAGAUCCUAGUAUGUUCAAGCAUUAUCAGGCGGCUGUGAAGAGAGUCGUGGCUGAAUUGUCUGAUGACGAGUUGGAGAAGGCGAAAGAAACCACCGAAGAAUGGUCCAAUAACUGUCCUCCUCCUGAGAUACAAGCACAGGAGAUGUGGAGGCAAUGCGGGAUGAGAGUGUUUGUGUUGUCAGCUUGGAAGAAUGAACAGGGCGAGGUGCUGUUCGGGAUGCAAGAUGAUAACGAGGCAUUAGGAGAUGGAGACAGCUUCAUGAAGACAAAGGACUGGGACAACAUCAAGCCAGUGUGGCAGGAGUACAUGCAGGAACAGUUCGGUGCCGGAGCAUGGAAAGGUGGUCGACAGAUGAAGGGAGGUUGCAAGAGAAUCCGAAAACCAGCCUUUGAGCUCAACACUGACGAGGAUGGGAUGCCAUUGCUUCCGAACAUCACCGAAACAAAACUCGAGGAGAAGAAGGCCAUAGUCAGGGCUUUUCUCACAUUGCACUAUGGGAUUUGUUCGGGGAUCAACAAGGCAGUAGUGCCAUGGAGCACCAUCCUUCAAUGCCAGGAUGACUUUGUGUCACAAAGAUAUCUUCUGGCGGAUGUCGACUUGAAGGAGCCUUCGAAGUUGCAAAAUUGGGACAUGACAGCCCUCCUCAAUUUCUGGUAUGCUCGGCAGGAGAAAGGCAAAGGAUCAACAUUCACGAGUGCCGAAGCUUGA